AUGGCAUUUCCUUACCAAUGUCUGACUGCACUAGGCAGUGAUGGUAUUCUCGUUGCAUCCAGGGGAGGUGGCUUAUACACAUUCAGCGCCGACGGGUCGCUUCUCUCAUCAUGGCAACACCCAAGCACCACCAAAUCCGCAGAAAACGGGAAACGUGGCUUGGCGGAACAAGAAGAUGGAGCGGCACAUAAAACUGGCGAAUCCGGUGAGCAAACAUCGCCACCAUCUAAGAGACGCAAGACGGAGUCGGAAUCGGGGCAAGAUGCUGAGGGAAAGGCCGUUGCGUCAGAAGUCACCGAGGGAACGGAGCAGGCUGCUGAGGCCGCUGAGCCAGAGCAGGAUGGGAUUGAAGGAGCAAAGAGCAACGGGCAAACGAAGAAAGGCAAGAAGAAGGCCAAGCCAACUGUGUCUCGACCCAUCACACAGGAACAACCCUUGGUCGUUCUGGUGCGGGCAACUUCGGAUGGAAAACACCUCGUCGCAGUAACGGGCCAGGACAAGACGGUUUGGGUAUUCGAGCAUCAUGACAAGGGUCAGCUGAAAGAGCUCAGUCAAAGACAAAUGCCCAAGCGCCCCAGCGACAUCGCCCUAACCCCAGACAACACCAAAAUCCUCGUAGCCGACAAAUUCGGCGACGUCUACUCCAUCCCCCUUGUCCCCUCCCCCCAAGGCUCUGAUCCCCUGGCCUCCACCCCUCUAGCAUCCCGCCCGGCCCCUCCCCGCAAAGGAGCCAACGCGCUGACGGUCCAUUCAGCGCGCAACCUCAAAGCGCUCGAAGACCAAAAGCGACAGCGCGAAAACGGCGGAGGUGACGCGAGCAAAAAGGAAGGCCCGGACUUUGAGCACGAGCUCCUCCUUGGUCACGUCUCCAUGCUAACGUCUAUCGCCCUCGCUUCUUCUCCAGGGGGGAAGCCGUAUAUCCUCACCGGCGACCGCGAUGAGCAUAUCCGCGUCUCGCGCGGCAUGCCGCAGGCCCAUGUCAUCGAGACGUACUGCUUGGGCCACACAUCCUUCGUCAACGCGCUGUGUCUCCCACAACCGGAUGUCCUGGUCUCGGGCGGUGGGGACGAUGAGCUCUAUGUUUGGGACUGGUUGGCGGGUGUGUCGAAGAGCAAGGUCGACUUACUAGGUCCUGUUCAGGGGAUCGUAGAGGAUGCGCGCAAGGUUGCCGUCUCAGGGAUUUAUGCUCAUGAUCAUGAUGUUGUGAUGGUAAUUUGUGAACGUGUACCUGCCAUCUUCAUAUUCAAACUCUCCGCGUCUCGUCUCGAGCUUGUAGAGACGCUGACUCUUUCCGGAAACCCGCUGGACCUUACCGUUAUUCCCACCCCGGAUAAGCCAGCGCGCCUGGUUGUAAGUGUCGACGUCAACCAGCCGCAUGCCAUUGCGAAGUCCAGUCUGGUGACUUUCAACAAAAAUGGAGACAGCUGGGUGCCGUCGUCUGACUUCACGCCCAAUGAAGUCGAUGUUGCUGGGGGGUUGGAGUCGACACGGUCCGAGCUGGAUAAGAUACUCUACAAUGUCGAGAACCUGCGAAAAUCGGACAAUGAGGAGGGCCAGGAGGGAGGCGAUGCGCCCACGGAGGAGUUGAGGGAGGCAGGCCCGGUUGCCUCAUAG